CAACCGUUGGACAGUAGCUUUGAAUAAUUAAUUCAUAAUACGUGUAUACACAUAAGUGAAACAUGAAUUGAAUGUAUAAAACAUCUUCCGUAAUUAUUUAAUACAAAGAAAUAUGUGGUUAUAUACUUGUGUUGUGUUCGUGUGCGUUAUUUACACAAGUGGUAGAACUGUAUAUAGUAAUAAAAAUUCGUACACUAGAACGUUAUUUGAUGAAAAGAACAAAGAUCAUUGGAAGAUACAAGCACAAUGGACGCUACGGGCAAAGCUUUCGACUCCACAAAACACAAAAGUUGCAAAGAAUGUUAUACUUUUCCUCGGCGAUGGUAUGAGCAUCACAACGCUGGCUGCCACGAGAGUCUAUUUAGGGGGUCAGUACGGACACAACGGCGAAGAACUGAAGCUUAGUUUUGAAAGCUUUCCUUAUACUGGACUAGCGAAGACUUACUGCGUGGACCAUAAUGUUGCGGAUUCUGCUUGCAGCGGCACAGCGUAUCUGUCUGGAGUUAAAGCUAAUAGUGGAACUCUUGGCUUAAGUGGAUCAGUAAAGAGGGGGGACUGUGCUGGUCAGAGGGAUGGCUUACACUCCGUCACGGGUUUGAUGGACUGGGCUCAAAAAGCUGGCAAGUCUACAGGUAUAGUGACAACCACGAGGGUGACUCACGCAUCUCCGGCAGCUGCGUACGCGCACGCCGCCGAUCGCAAGUGGGAAGCGGACGCGGAUUUACCGACCCGCGGUUUGAAAUGCGAGGACAUUGCGUCACAACUUGUCAGAGGCAGAGUUGGCAGCGGCCUUAAUGUAGUUUUCGGAGGUGGAAGAAAAAAUUUUAUGCCUCGAAGUGAAAUUGAUUCAAAUGGCAAUUCUGGCUACCGAAAUGACGGUAGAAAUUUGAUCAGAGAAUGGCUCGUGAAGAAAGAAAGCCUUGGCAUUUAUCCCAAAUACAUAUACAGUAGAAAAGAGCUUUUAAAUUUAGAUAAUAAUAAGUACGGUAGUGUAUUGGGUCUAUUCGCUUCUGAUCACAUGUCAUAUCACCUUGAAGCCGGUGAUGAGGAGCCUACUUUGAGCGAAAUGACUCAAAAAGCAAUUGAAAUUCUGUCGCAGAACACAAAAGGAUUUGUCCUGUUUGUUGAAGGUGGUAGAAUAGAUACAGCACAUCACGAAACCAAAGCACGUAAAGCGUUAGAUGAAACAGCUGAAUUGGCUAAAGCUGUUGAAGCUGCAUUGAGGAUAGUUGACAUCGAAGAAACCCUAGUUGUAGUCACGUCAGAUCACAGCCAUACAAUGAGUUACAGUGGUUAUAGCAAACGAGGAUCUGAUAUAUUAGGAUUUGCUAAUGCAAAAUACAACGCAUCUGAUAACCUGCCAUACACCAUCCUGAGCUACGCGAACGGUCCGGGAUCGAUGUCGAGAACGAAUUUCAGACAUAAUCUCAUGUUUGAUAAUAUGAAUGACCUUAAUUACACAUAUCCAUCGCUGGUUCCAAUACCUCGUGAGACCCAUGGUGGAGAAGACGUGGCGGUUUUUGCCCACGGGCCAUGGGCUCAUCUCUUCAGCGGCAAUUAUGAACAAAACUUUAUACCUCAUGCCUUAGCGUAUGCCUCCUGUAUAGGACCAGGCCUCACUACGUGCAAAUUAUAAAUAUGUCUCUGUC